CCCCAUCCAUCAUAUCCAUCCAACAACAUGGGUGCCGAUAGCAAUCUCUGCGUCCUGCAUGCCGACGUUGUCACGCCAUCCGACGUCGACCUCCCACCGCACUCCCUCCCGCUCACCUUCUUUGACGUCAAAUGGCUGCGAGGGCCGCCCGUCCAGCGACUCUUCCUCUACCGUCUCCAGGACCACCACCACCACGGCAAUGUCCAGCAGCUCCUCUCCGACCUCAGGGCAUCCCUCUCCAAGGCGCUCAACCUCUUCUACCCGCUCGCCGGCCAUGUCCGUCUCGCCCCCGACACCAACCGCUACGAGCUCUUCUACCAGCCGGGCGAUGGCGUCUCCUUCACCGUCGCCGAGUAUGACGCCGACGUCGGUGACCUCGCCAGCGACGGCCCCGUGCAGGUCGCCAUGCUCGCGCCUCUCGUGCCGUCGCUUCCAAAGGGCCGCGCCGUGCUCGCCCUGCAGGCCACAGUGCUGCUCGGUGGGCGGGGCGUCGCGCUCGGCGUAACUAUGCACCACACCGCCGGUGACGACGCCAGCUCCACCCACCUCCUGCACACCUGGGCCGCCCUCUGCAACGGUGCCGUCGAAAUGCCGCCGCCACCCGUGUUGGACCACACGCUCGUCGCUGACCCCAGGGGCCUCUACGACAUCUACUGCCAAGGAAUGCCCAGCGGCGGCAACGAGAUGGAAUUCGUGACCAGCAGCGUGUCCUCCGUCCCCGACGACCAGCUCGUCGCCACCUUCACGCUACCUCAAGAGGUCCUAACUGCCAUCAAGGAAGCGCUCGCCGGAGAGGCGACGAGGCACGGUGCGCCGCCGCGCAGAUGCUCGUCGACGCUCGCGGCCUACACCUUCAUCUGGUCCUGCUACUACCGAGCCAAAAAGGAUCAGGAACAAGGUCAUGCAAAAACUACCCACUUCCUCUUCUCUGUGGAUCACCGGGCACGGUUGAAGCCGCCCCUCCCUGCCACAUACUUUGGCAACUGCAGCAUCCCGGCCAUCGCCGUCACGCGCCAUGACGAGCUCACGGCGGCCGGCACGGGGGGCCUCUUCGCGGCAUUCACGGCAAUCGCGAACGCGCUCGAGGAAGUGGUGAGCGAGGGGUACCCGGAGAGGUGGGACGGAUGCGGCAAGAGGGUGAUGGAGGCCGCAAAGGCCGGCAUGAUGUUCGUGGUGGGGUCGCCGAGGUUCCGCGUGUAUGACGUCGACUUCGGGUUCGGGAGGCCGGCAAAGGUGGUGGCGGUGUCUGGGGCGAUGCCUGGCGCGAUGCCGGUGGCAGAUGCGCGCAACGGCGAUGGUGGCGUCGAGGUGGGGCUAACGUUUUCGGCGGGCGGCAUGGAGCAUUUCCAGCGGUGCUUUUCUGAUGCCAUGCAUGCGAUCGGCAUGUAAGAGAAGAGUCUAUGUUUAAUGAGAAGAGUAUUUCUUUUGUGGGUAAUGGGAAGAGUCCUUUAGAUGGACCGACAUGCAAGUUCUUGUGUUGCAGUACACUCUCCAUUCUAAAAUA